GGUUCUUGGCUCUUCAAUGCGUUGUGAUAUAAAGUCUUGUCGUUGAUAAUCGCAACGCAUCUCUUCUCACCAUCAUUCCGCCAAAAGUCGAACUGUCGUCCUGACCGUUCCGCUCGCCACCAAGCAAUCAUGUCCACCGCCCCGCAUAAAUACGCUGGUUCAGGCGCCGACAAGUCCGGACUGGCUACCUACGAGAGUGUCGCUGCUCACUCUGAUCGCUCUGACGAAGAGCGGGGUACAAAGGGAGUAGGAGUCGAGCACGAUGAGCUCGGCGUAUCCGUCGUCGAUAAGAAUGAUACUUCUGUCAAGGCGAUCAUUGAGGGAAAAGCUGGGAAGCCGUUGACAAACUUUGAGCGAAAGGCUGCUUUGAUCAAUGCGGAGAUCAACAAGUUUGGCUUUGGAAGGUAUCAGAUAUGUAUUUGGUUCUUAUGCGGGUUUGGAUACUUUCUCGAUCUCGCGUGGUCCCAGGGUGUUGGUCUCGCAGCGUCUGCCAUCUACCAGGAAAUGGGAGUACCUGCAGGCAAGCAGGGCAUCAUCUACAGUUGUGCCAAUGCUGGCCUUGCUUUCGGAGCCCUUUUCUUUGGCCUGCUCGUCGAUGUGAUCGGUAGACGAUGGGCCUUCAACUUGACAUGCCUCAUCACCUCAUUCUUUGGCCUCCUUCUCUCUGCACCAAAGUUCAACUAUCCCGCCAUCUGCGCCAUCUAUUUUCUCUCUUCUCUCGGACUCGGCGGCAACAUUCCCAUCGACGCCACCAUCGCCCUCGAGUUCCUUCCCCAGAACCGCCGUUUCCUCGUCGCCCUCCUGUCCAUGUGGCAGCCCAUUGGCGUCGUCGUCGCCUCUGCCAUCGCAUUCGGCACAGCCGCCAGAUACCGAUGCGAUACCGAUCUCGAUUCGUGCAAGAAUGUAGCCGACGGCGAAGCCUGCUGUUCUGUCUCAAGCAACAUGGGCUGGCGGUACGAAUUCAUCAUUCUCGGGUGUAUGACGCUGCUCGUGUUCUUCGUCCGAUACUUUAUCUUUACGUUCCACGAGUCCCCCAAGUUUCUCCUCAGCAAAGGCAGAUAUGAGGAGGCCAUCGAGGUCUUGCACAAGAUUGCAGCGUUCAACAAGAUGCCUCCGCCGACACUUACGGCGGAGCAGCUGUAUGCGAUCGAUCGAGAGCACAAUAUCAAUGCCCCGACCAAUAUGGCAACUGCGAAGCAUGUCUGGACGCAUCGUGUACUGGGCAGCUUCAAACAUCUCAAAGGGCUCUUUACCAACCGGCUCCAGAUGUUCAUUUUCGCAUUACUCGCCGUAGCUUACAUGGGCGACUAUUGGUCUUUCAACCUCGCAGGCUCUUUCCUUCCCAUUGUCCUUCUCAACCACAACGUCUCCGAUGGCGCCACCACAGUCACCGAAACCUACCGCCAAUACGUCUACAUCUAUCUUCCCGGCAUCAUCGGCGCCAUCCUCGCCCUUUUUUCUAUUCAGCUGCCGUUGGUGGGCAGGAAAUGGUCGCUAGUGUUCUCGGCGGCGAUGCAGGGGCUUUCGAUGGCGAUGUAUACACAGGUGAGGACGACGGCUGGAUAUGUGGGCCUAAAUGCCUUGGAGUAUGUCAUGCAGACUUACUUCAAUGCGGUGCUGUAUUCCUCGGCGCCAGAGCUGUUUGAUACCACGUACCGUGGAAGCGCGAGCGGUAUGCUCUCUUGCCUGGGACGUCUGGCAGGAAUUGUAGCUCCUUUUGCUGGUCAAAAGUACCUCGCAUCCAAUAGCUCGGGUAUCCUAUGGUUGGGCGCGGGAGGUAUCUGGCUGGCGGCGUUUGUCAUGAUCUUCCUCCCGGUCGAGAUGAGGAAUAGGCAGAUGUUCUAGAGAUUAUAAUCAUGAUCAGGCGGCGACCUGAUACAAGAAGAGAAAAAUCGAAAUUUAUCAACAAAUAAAAAAAAAAACAUGUAUUGGGACUUCAUGCUGAAGGACGGGUUGCUUCCUCUUCAGGAUAACCUGCGCAGAAUCACUUAUUGGGCACAACGGCGACGCAACCAUGCAUCAAGAGAAUACGCUGUUGGGGAAUGGGACUUGAGAAUGUUGUUGAAAAGGAUCAUACAGCGUGCUCUAGUCGUCUAGCUUGACUACUUUCCUUCAAUAUCAUGCACAUCUCCUUUACUUGAAAUCAUUG